AAAUUGAUUUUCUUAUCUCUCGGACACUGAACACGGGGGAGGGCGUUGAAAUUUCGUCUUUAUUUAUGUUCCCGAAUCGUAAAUUGCUUACUCUUAAGCUAAGAGUCAGCGUCGGAAUUCUUCAUCCUCUGCCCAAACGAAACGGCUGCUAGAGGUAAACAAUAUGAGUAGUGAAGGGAUCACAGCCCUGGUCCUUGGGGCUACUGGUGAGGUGGGAAAGUCUCUUGUGCAGGAAUUACUUAAGAAUGCAGCAUUUUCCAGAAUCAUUGUUGUUGGCAGACGGAAAUUAGACCUUGAAGAUGAAAAAGUGGAAAACAGGAUCGUAGAUUUUGAAAAACUUGAUGAACACAAGGAAGCAUUUCAGGAUGCUCAGGUUGGUUUCUGCUGCUUAGGAACAACAAGAGGCAAAGCUGGUGCUAAAGGGUUUGUCCGAGUUGAUCGAGAUUAUGUUUCACAGUCAGCCAAAUUCUUAAAGGAAGGAGGAUGUUCUCAUUUUCAUCUUAUUUCUUCACAGGGAGCUAAUAAGAACUCCACUUUCCUUUAUACAAAGACCAAAGGAGAAACAGAGGAUCUGGUAAAGGAAGUUGGCUUUCCCCGUCUCUCUAUCUAUCGACCUGCCCUUUUGUUGUGUGAUCGAGAGGAAUCCCGACCUCUGGAAAAGAUUGCCCAGAUUGUAGUGCGAGGAUUUGACUGGCGAAACAAAAUCAGCAUCCCUACAUAUACAGUAGCUAAUGCCAUGGUUGCUAAUACUUUGGACUCCCAAGCCACAGUAAAAUCAGAAGAAACAAAGGUUGAAAUAUUUGAAAAUAAUGAUAUUUUAAGGCUUGGUAUUGACUAAAAUGCUUUUGAGUUUUUGUGCCAUACUUGUAGGUAAGGUUGCAACUAAGGCCUUUUAUGUAAGUGCUUGUAAGACAAAAGGUUGUUGUUGGUGUCAUAUUUUUCCUAACAGCUGAAGUACUACAUAGGGUUAUUUAUUAUUGCCAUCAAUAUGGAUGCUAAGCAUUUUUAGCAAACUUUAGAAUAUUCUUUCAUGUCUGCAUCCAACUUGAAUGUUAUGAAAAAGGAAAGCACAUUACGAUAUAACAGUACAUUUCACUUUAAGUUAUGAAAUGAAAUUGUAAGUUAUUGUUACACCUUAUUUCCACAAUUGAAAACUUGUAUACAACUGUACUUGUGUUUACUACAGAAGUAGUAGGAUCUGUCUUAUAUAUGAAACAUUCCUUAUUAAUUGCAGUGUCUUUUCUUGAAACACUCACAACUCUGGGUAGAUGAAAAGUCGAAACUGUAUUUUCAGAAACACAAAGCAUAAUUACAAGUAGUUCCCUUGAAUAAUGUAUUGUUGAACCAUAGAAGUAACAUCUGUUUUUAAAGGUCUAUAAAUAGUACAAGUUUGUGCACUAAAGAUUUUAGUGUAAGGUGCACUGAUAUUGAAGUGGUUGUAGAAUUAGAAUAGUCUUGAGGUUGUAAUGUCAAGUCACUACAGAUUAUGUUUUUGUAACUUGGGUUAAGUUAUUCCAUUUUGUUAUCUUGGCAAGGUGCACAGGAUUCCGAGUUUUGAUGGAAGCUUUAUGUAAAUUUUUCUUGAGAUAGUUAUAUAGAAGUGUAGUUAUAUAGAAAUUGUAGAGAAAGAUUUUGGCCAUUUUUUGUAAGUCAUUAGUUCUGCAUUGGUAAUGAUCCUAAUAUUUGGCCGAACAAAUGAGAGUAACAAGAUGGAGCUUGUGUUUUAUGUAAUUAUUCAGGGUUAAAUUCAAUGGAGAAUUUGGGAUAUAGUACCACUUUUUGCCAUCUCUUUAAUCCUCAUAAAAGAAACAUUUUUCUGACAGUGCCACUUUUUGCCAUCUGUAAUCCUCAUAAAAUAAAGCCGCCUUUUAUGACGAAAGUUAAUAUACAAUUGGUUAACAUUUCUCAACUGCACCUCAAUAGGUGAACAAAACUCAAAUCCUGUCAUCAGCAUUUUUCCUUGUACGUUGUUAGAAGUUAAUUAGUUCCCGAGUCCCUUCUCUUUGGUGCCUUGCAUUCUCUGCCUGAAUUCCCAUGGGGUCUAGGUUUUCAUCUUUGGUUUUUAUCCUGCUUGAUUAUUUGGAUUUUCCUACUACUAUAUACUUCACUUAUUCCCUUUGUCACAAGUCAUCUCAGUCUUUGAAAUCUGUAUUUUCCAAUUGUAAAACUAACCUGUUAGCCCAUGGAAAUUGAGGUUGACAUUAGUUUUGUUAUAUGAAUUGUCAGUCAUGACAUUGAAGGACCCUUUUUCAUCAACAAAAACAUUCAUGUUUGUAAUACUGUGUUCAAAAAACAUUCAUGUUUGUAAUACUGUGUUCAAAAAACAUUCAUGUUUGUAAUACUGUGUUCUAAAGUACAACCAGCUUUGGUUCUAGUUGCCUGGUAAGUUCAGAGCAUAGGUAAAAAUAGACUUUCAAUUUGGUGGCUCUUGAUAUUGUUAUGAAUGAUUGGGGUGAACUGUAGUGUAUCUUAUUUCAAGCAGAAAUUCUGGUGCUCAUCUUUUCAUCUUGUAAGUGAUUCCCACUCAAAUGAAAAAACUGUUUUUCUUCAAUUCUGUAUUGAUUAGGCCAUGAAUCUUGUAUGAAGGGUAUGAUGUAGUUGUGUGGAUCAGUCAGGCAUGAGAGUUAAUGGCGUAAGUCAGUGGAACGUUAUUUGACAUUAAAUGAUUAAGGUUACUUACCAACUAUAGAAAGUGACAGUUGCUAAUGCGGGAAAACUUAUCAAACUACUGCACAGGCACUUUUAAAUUUUAUAUGUCUGCUUCAAGUUGCAGGUAUCUAGCAAGUACGUACAGAUAUUGCGAAAAAACCCGUCAGCAUUGUCAUACUUAUACAAAUAGCUUUGAGAACUUGUAUAUUCAUUCCCGAUAAUGCCAAAUACAAAAAUUAUGGGAUUUUGACUUGUAUAUCCACUAGGGAAUUAGUCUUACAUUGACAUCUAUUGUGAGUUAUCGUGCUGUGAAUAUUCAUUACUUGAAGAAUUUAGAUAAAAACAAAUUAGUAAUGAGCAGUAUGUUUAUCAUGCUUUAAAUAUGCAUUCUUCAAGUUCUGUAUGAUAGCUGUGUGUGCCUUAGCAUUUUAGUAAGAAAAGAAAGGUAAAUAAUGAAUAUACACAUUUUUAUGAAUGGAAUAUGCAAAUGUGUAAGUUUAGAAGCACAGGGCACACAACAAAACUGCAGUUCAUUAUUCUGGUAUAUGUUCUUAUUUGUCGAUAAAGACUUUAAAUUUUAAAAUGCAUUUUACUGUGUAUCAAUUGUCCUUGGAAAAACAUGUUUAGUUUAUUUUUAGUUCAUGUGACAAUGACUGGUUGUCUAACACAUUUUAUUUGGGAUAAUUCAUACCUAUUGUUAAAGAUACCUUAUAUCUCCAGUACAAAAGGAGACGUCGGCUAUCUUGAAAAGUACGCAAGUAUCCAAAUAAUUUUCUGAAAUUUAUAUUACAGACUAGGCUACUCUAUUGCCUGAUUGAUGUUGAAACACGUUUUUCCUAGAAAAAAAAAUGAUAAACCAGUAAUGAAAUGCCAGAACAAGUCAUUUAUUAUAUACCACUGAUGUAGUAGCUUCUCUUCUAAGUAAAGGUGCUUUUGUUUCUAGCUUCCACAGAAACGUUACACAUUUGAGCUAUUUCUUGUGAUAGCAACUACUGUAUUUAAAAGCAUAAAUUGCAGUCAAUUGCUAUCGUAAGAAUGAACUCACACUUCUGUGAUAUCUGUAGCAUUUAUAAGUAUUGGAUACUAAACUGUUGUAGGUAUGUAAAGCUCAUUUUUUUUUUUUUAAGAAUGUGCAAUACAUACGGAUCACAUUAAAUUUCUUCUCCAUAGUUAUUUUUUUCCAGUGUUGUGGAAUAAAAUCAGAAAUUAUA